UCCCGAGUCAAACUUCUAUCGCCUUCUGGAUAAGGUUUCCAUAAAUGGCACGCAUGGUUUUUUCUUUACAUUCACACAGUUCUAAGCUCACUCAUGUCCCCAUUCAAAACUCCAGUGGACCAUUCAAAGAAUUCAAGAUAUGGACUCAUUGAUUAACUUCUCUAUAUAAACAGUUCUUCAGCUAUGCAGAACCCAAACCGCAAACAGCAUGGCUCCUUCUUGUUCUUCUUACACUCUCCUGCUCUUCCUCUGCUUCUCCGUCUUCCUCAUCGCUUCUACUGAGAUGGUAACGGCGGAGGCGAGAGUUUGCGAGAGGAGAAGCAAGACAUGGACGGGGUUCUGCGGCAAUACC